AUGCCUGCACGGCCCUCAAAUGAUCUCUUCAGUGAACUUCAAGUAAGCAUAGAUGAUAAACUUCUACAAUCAGAAAUCGCCCGUAAUGGCCUACAAGAAGAGGUCAAGGACCGAGAAAAAGCAGCAUUUGAGAUGAUAUUUAACUUGGAUUUCCGACACGUUCGUCAACAAAAAGAUGUGACACUAGACCGAUUCGACCACUUGUUGAAAGGCGAUGAUGCGAAUGCUGAUAAAAGUGCUGAUCUUGUUGACUUACUUUCAGAAGGCUAUGAUUCGAGUUUCCGAUCAGCUAUUCUAAUUCUAUUCGGAAAUUGUACAAAAUCAAGGUCCCACCCCGGAGAAAUCCGUCAUCGAGAUCGUGAGAAAAGUGUGGCAUUUUGGGCGUGA